AAAUACUGUCCAAUCAAGUUUUGCCACCUGACCCCGUUGCCGGUUCAAUCAGAAUGUACUAGAAUUAAAGGAGACGUGCAUGUCUCUCGUUCGACCAGACUUACGUGAAUAUUCAAUUAAUAUAUAUAUUUAGUUGUACUUACAGAAAAAUCAGGAAAAUGAAGUCUGCUUGUAUUUGGAUAUGUUGUGUGCUUUCAUUAUUUAUUACUCAAGUUUAUAGUGUAGCAGUUAUGUCUGUUGAUCUUGGUACAGAAUGGAUGAAAGUUGCAAUAGUAUCACCUGGUGUGCCUAUGGAAAUUGCUUUGAAUCAUGAAUCUCAGAGGAAAACACCUGUCAUAGUGGCUUUUAGAGAUAAUGAACGUUAUUUGGGAGAAAGUGCAUCAACUAUUAGAGUACGUUUUCCUGAUAAAGCAUAUUCACACUUCUUGGAAUUAUUAGGUAAAAAAGCGGAUAGCCCAAUAGUCCAGUUAUUUAAAAGAAAUUUUCCUUAUUAUAAUAUAACCACUCAUGAGAAAAGAGGAACAGUUAUACUUCAUCAUCCUGACAACAUGAGUUUCUUACCAGAAGAAUUAGUUGCAAUGAUUUUAAGACAUGCACAAGAAAUAGCAACUUCUGCAGCAGGUCAGCCAGUUAAAGAUGCUGUAAUAACUGUGCCUCCUUAUUUUAAUCAAGCCGAGAGGCGUGCAGUUUUGCAAGCAGCUGAUUUAGCUGGUAUUAAAGUUCUUCAAAUCAUUAAUUCUAAUACAGCAGUUGCUCUGAAUUAUGGUGUUUUUCGAAGAAAAGAUUUCAAUGAAACUCCAAGUAAUAUUUUGUUUUUUGAUAUGGGAGCUGGAAAUACUAUUGCAACAAUAGCAAGUUAUCAAAUGGUAAAAACUAAAGACAAAGGAUAUGCAGAAACUAAUCCAGUUGUUACUAUAAAAGGUGUAGGAUUUGACCGUACCUUAGGAGGUUUAGCAAUGCAACUGAAGUUACAACAUUAUCUAGCUGAAAGCUUCAAUAAGCAAAAGAAAACUUCUCAAGAUGUAUUUCAGAAUAAUCGAGCUAUGGCCAAGUUACUGAAAGAAGCAGGAAGAUUGCAAAAAGUAUUAAGUGCUAACAGUGAUCAUAUUGCUCAAGAUGAAAUUGAUCAAGUAAUACUAGCAGGUGCUGCUACAAGGACUCCUAGAGUACAGCAGAAAUUAUUGGAAAUUGUUAAAAAACCUGAAUUGGGCAAAAACAUCAAUACUGAUGAAGCUGCUGCCUUAGGUGCUGCAUAUCAAGCAGCUUAUUUAAGCAAGGGUUUUAAAGUAAAAACAUUUGUAGUGAAAGAUGCUAAUAUUUAUCCAAUUCAGGUGGAUUUUCAAAGAGAGAUAGACUCAGAGGAUGGGACUCCGAAAACAAAAUUAGUAAAAAGGAUUUUAUUCAGUAAAAAUAAUCCAUUUCCUCAAAAGAAGAUUAUGACUUUUAACCGUCACACAAAAGAUUUUUCUUUUAAUGUUAGUUAUGCAGAUCUCAAUUUUUUACCACAGUUGGAAUAUCAAUCAGUUGGAUCUCACAAUUUAAGUGUAGUAAGUCUAUCAGGUGUACAAGAUGCAAUGUCAAAACAUGUUGGAGAAGACAGUGAAUCUAAAGGAGUAAAAGUACAUUUUCAUUUAGAUGAAAAUGGAAUUUUAAAAAUUGAUCAUGCAGAAUCAAUCUUUGAAAAGAAAUUAGAAGAUGAAACUAGUGAUGAGACUACUGUGGAAUCAACUUUGAGUAAAUUAGGAAACACUAUUGGAAAACUAUUUUCUACAGACAGUAGUAAAGCUGAUAAUAAAGAAGAAGCAUCUGAUGAAAGUCAAAGUGUUAAUAAUGAAACAAGUGAUGAUAGCAACAUAAAUAAAAAUGCUUCAGAAAGUACAAAAAAUGAAACCCAAGAUAAGGUUGACAAGAAAGGUCCAAAGAUCAUUACAAUUAAAGAGAAUGUAGUAGUCAACUAUCUUUUGGGAGAUUUUCAUGAUAUGGAAGAAGCAGAAACUAUAGAAUCAUUGGCCAAGCUGAAAAAAAUUGAUGAUCAAGAGAGAGAGAAAUUAGCACAAGAGAAGGCAAAAAAUGCAUUAGAAUCAUUUAUUUUGGAAACAAAAAACAAAUUAUAUACUGAAGAAUAUGAAAAAGCAGCUGCAAAAGAAGAAAUAGAAAAAAUAUUAAGCAAGUUAUCAGAAGAAGGUGAUUGGCUUGAAUAUGAAUCUGGAGAAGCAAAAACUGAAGUAUUCAAAGAGAAGCUAUCUGAAUUAAAAUCAUUAACAAAAGAGUUAUUUAAAAGAGUACAAGAACACAAAGAUCGUCCUGAUGCAAUUAAUGCCUUGAAUGAUAUGAUCAAUAUAAGUACAAUAUUUUUGAAAAAUGCUCAGAAAGUACCAAAAGAAGAACAGAUAUUUACAGAUGUUGAGAUUACUACAUUAGAAAAACUGAUAAGUGAAACAGAACAAUGGAAAAAUAAUAGUGUAAAAGAGCAAGAAAAUACACCACUUUAUGAAAAUCCAAAGUUAACAAUUAAAUCAAUAGCAGAAAAAAUUGCUGCAUUAGAUCGAGAAGUCAAAUAUUUGUUAAAUAAAGCAAGGUUUGCCGUUCCAAAAACAAAACAAACUGAAGAAAGUAACAAAGAUACUUCAAAAAAUAAUACACAAACAAAUGAAACAGAAUCUACAGAGGAAACACAAUCUGAUAUAGAAUCUGAAAAAGAAAUGGAACCAAAUGAAAAAGAAAACAUACCAGAAAAUUUACAGAUGGAAGAAAAUGUUGCUGAUAUUACAGGCAAGUUAAUUUUAUAUUUUAGUGCAUAUAAUUUAAUUACAUUAAUGACUCAAUGUAAUGUAGCUCUUGAUGUUUAAAAAAUUCAAAUACAUUGUAAUGAGGCUGCAUUAUAGGAAAGAACCUUUUCUAUCC